AUGUCGAUAGAGAUGCCAAGAGGUUUACCAUUUUCCGUCGACACUUUUGGACCGUACACGACGACGAAGAGAAGGAAGCGACAUCAUUUCCUGACUCAUGCUCACAAAGACCACACCGUCGGGAUUUCCCCUUCCAACAUCGUCUUCCCGAUUUACUCUUCUCCCCUCACCAUCUCUCUUCUCCUCCAACGCCAGCCUCACCUUGACGAGUCUUUCUUCGUGAGGAUUGAAAUCGGGCAAUCAGUGAUCGUUGACGAUCCAGAUGGAGAAUUCAAGGUCACUGCUUUCGAUGCGAAUCAUUGCCCUGGAGCCGUCAUGUUCUUGUUUGAGGGCAGUUUCGGUAACAUACUUCACACUGGUGAUUGUAGGCUUACUCGUGAUUGCCUUCAGAGCUUGCCUGAGAAAUAUUUGGGAAGACCAAAUUGCUCUCUCGAUUACAUUUUCUUGGAUUGCACAUUCGGAAAAUCCUCUCUGAAGUUCCCAACUAAGCACUCAGCGAUUAGACAGAUAAUCAAUUGCAUAUGGAACCACCCGGAAGCACCGGUUGUAUAUCUUGCUUGUGAUAUGUUGGGGCAAGAGGACGUUCUGCUAGAAGUUUUCAAAACGUUUGGCUCCAAGAUUUAUGUGGAUAAAGCUACAAACUUGGAGUUUUUCAGGUCGUUGAUGGUUAUAGUCCCUGAAAUCGUCUCUGAAGAUCCUUCUUCUCGGUUUCAGAUAUUCAGUGGGUUCCCUAAACUGUACGAGAGAGCAAGUGCAAAGCUUGCUGAAGCGAGAUCGAAGCUUCAGAGUGAGCCUCUUAUCAUCCGUCCUUCAGCGCAGUGGUAUGUUUGUGACGAUGGCGAUGAAGAUUGUUCUCAAAGUGGAAGCCAGAUUCAGAAGCAGAGGAAAGUUAGGUUUAGUGAAGCUGUGAGAGACGAGUUUGGGAUUUGGCAUGUUUGUUACUCAAUGCAUUCGUCCAAAGAAGAGCUGGAAUCGGGGAUGCAGAUUCUUGCUCCGAAAUGGGUUGUGUCAACAGUUCCUUCUUGUAGAGCAAUGGAAUUGAACUAUGUGAAGAAGACCUGUUUUAUCAGUCGGUUUUCUCCUGGUGAUCCUUUUUGGAAACUUUUAGAUAUUGACAUGGAUGUUUCUCCGGUUGCUUCGACUGAUACUCAAACGGUAACUCUUAGUUGCUGUCUCAUGAGUGAAGGGAUUGCUCUGGAUUCUACAAGUUCCAAGAUGGAACCUGUUAUCGAAUCCUCUAGCGUAAAGAAGCAGAUUCUGAGUUUGUCCCCUGAGAAAAAUCUUCCUGUGACUCUGUUUGGGAGAGCAAGGUUAAGUUCUCAUGUAUCUGAGAGAAAAGCCAUACACACUCAAUGUGUAUACACCAAAGCCUCGCCGGAUUUAGAAAUCUUGAAUGUUGAGGAAGUAGUAGUUGAGUCUUUACAAGAUGAUACCAUAGAAGAAACAGUGGAUAAGGAGUCUUGUGGAAGGUUGGCUUCUGUUUCUUCAAAGGAGACUUGCAAAGAUCUUAGUGGGGAUUUGAGAAAGCUGUACAGAUCAAUGCAUGCACCUGUGCCCCGGCCACUGCCAUCACUGAUGGAGCUUAUGAACGCUAGGAAACGCUCUCGGAAUCAAUUGAAAUCUCUAGCAACUCAAAACACACAAUAG